AUGGCUUCUUCCUUAAGUGGGAUUUGUUCAUCUAUGCUUAACAACUCUGAUUCAGAACUUCAGAAACAGCAGAGGAAGAAGAAAAGAAUGGUAUCGAAUCGUGAAUCUGCCAGGCGAUCAAGAAUGAGGAAACAGAACUAUCUUGAUGAUCUGACGGCUCAGCUUUUGAAACUCAAGAAAGAGAACAACCAGAUGAUUCCAGCCAUUCACUUUACUACCCAAAACUAUAUGAAUGUUGAAACUGAGAACUCAAUAUUGAGAGCUCAGAUAGCUGAGCUUACACAUAGAUUGGAGUAUCUGAAUGAUAUAGUUAGUUUAGUAAAUGAUGCUGGCAGUGACUGUUUUGGUGUAAACAAGGAGCAAUACUACUCUGCAGCCCAGUCUAGAGAUGGUUUCAUUAGCAACUCAUGGUCAUGGGAUUACCUGUCUAUCAACCAACAACAAUCAAUCAUGGCCCCAGCUGGAGAUAUGUAG